AUGAUCCUUACACCCUCGCCAAUCUUCAUCACUUCGGCUGACGACAUUACCAUCGAACUCACCUCUCCCUCUACUUCGACCACACCACUUUUGACACCUUCCAAUGACCACUUAGCUCCGACGAAUAGCUUCUUCAUACCUCUCACAUCAUCAAUAACGAUGACUUCUGGAGGAUCAAACAACUCUUCACCUACCGAGUUCGCUUUUGAACCUCCCACAUCUACCAAUAUCACUCCAUUCAAACCUGAACCAGUUCAAACAAAAUCGUUCAGUUCAACAGGAGGUGAAAGCAGUCCUUACACUCCCACAACUGGUCCAAUCAAUAAUCCAAAUCCAUAUCAAUUCUCUGGUUCGUUCACUUAUAACAAUUCAACAGCUUCUUCCUUCUCUUCAGCGUCAGGAUCAGGAACAGGCGGAUCAUUCUCAUCAAUAGACGCUUUACCUGCCAUCUCAAGAGAAUUCGUCAGACCUUCCACUUCGGAAACUCGUAGACCAGCUACAGCAGGUGGUGCAUUACAAAGUAGAUCUCCAUUUGCAGGAUACAUGCCUGGCAAUACUGCUGAAGAAUCUGGUCAAAAUCAAGGUGGACAAGUACAAGGACAACGAUUUCAAAGAAUCAAUCAAAGACCAACUUCUUCAGACGGUAAAAUGAGAUUAAGUACUACACUCGAAGAAGGUGGUGAAGCAUUUUUCACAAACCCUUUUCAAAAUAUGUCAUCAAAUAAGGAAUUAGAAGCAGAAGACGCUUCUCCUCUUAUUACUAAACAACAAACUUCUUCUCAACCUUCAACUAUUGAUCCUCAUUAUAUUCCAGCCAAUCGAAGAGCCUCUGAACCACAGUUCAAUGUCCCACAAUCAUGGCAACAACCUUCCCCAUUGUCUACUCCCGAUAACGGUUCCGCUACUGCGUUCAACAUAACAUCUGCGCCUACACAUAUACCUCAAGGAGGAUUCUUACAGCAACAACAGCAAUUACAAGGUAACUUAUCAUCAUAUCAAAGACCAACUUAUCAAGGUCGACCUCAAACUUCUGAUGGUUUACCAAGCUAUCCUCAUCUCACUGGAAACGUGUCACUUCCAAGUGCUCAAUCGAUCGCUAGACAAAUUCCAGGUAUGGCAGCAGCUGGAUUUUAUCCUCCCACUCCCGCAUCAGCAAGACCAUUCGAUCAACAAGAUCCAAAAUCUUUCAUGCCUUUCAGAGAUGAUCGAUCAAACUCGUUAAACUCUCUACCCCCUCCUGCACCUACCACUUUCCCUGGUGACAGAGCAUACUCGAUCGAUUCAGGACUCGCUAGACAGGGUCAACCCAUCAGAUCGUCCUAUAUCGCUAAACCUGGAGACAUGUCACAAUCCGAAUUGACCUUUGCUCAACUUGGUGGACCAGCACCCAAGAAAAGACCAAGGAGAAGAUUCGAUGAAAUUGAACGAUUAUACGCUUGUCGAUGGAAUGGAUGUGAAAAAUCUUAUGGUACUUUGAACCAUCUUAAUGCGCACGUUGCCAUGCAGAAGCACGGAGAGAAAAGGUUGCCUUCUGAAUUCAAAGAGAUGCGUAAAGCAUGGAGAAAAAAGAAGAGAGAGUACACCGCCAGUAACGCCAAUGCGAUGCACCCUAAUGGUGCUCCAGGAUGGCCACAGAGAGCUUCACUCAGCUCGGCUUCAGGCAAUGAAAGUGAUUGGGAUCGACGUGAAUCAAUGAUGUCGACAGGAUCAGAAUUCACCCAUCGUUCGUCCACAUCUUAUCCAGUAGGAUACGCUCCAUGGGCGACAUCUACCGGUAUCGAAUCAAGACCAUCGACUUCAUCUUCAUCAAUAUCUUCCGUUGGUGGUGAUGUCAACGUCAACAAAGGUUAUUUCGCGCACGCUCAGCAACAAGGAUAUUCUCAUAUCCCUCCUUCGUUGACUCAGAGUCACAACCAAAACUCUUAUGUUAAUGCAAUGAACGCAUCGAGAAGGUUAUCUGCACCACAACAUCUACCAUUACCCAUGCCAAUGUCUUCAUUGACGAAUCAACAUAUGAACGGAGGAUUAGAUGGUUUCAGACAGAUAGAAGGUGAUCAUCCUACUCCAACAGCUCAAAACCCUUUCCCACAAUCAUCAAGAUCAACAGGAUACCCAUUUCAUCAAAAUUUCCAAACUUUAACUUCACCAAUGUCAGCACCAGCUCAACAACAGAUCCCAAUUACAGGAAGUAACGGUGGUGAAGGUAGUUUCGUAGCAGGUGGACAAUUCGCUUUCCAACGAUAA